UGUUGGGCUGUCCUAUCCUAUUCAAGGGCAUUCCUCAGGAAGUUGUCACAUUAAAAACAAAAGAUUCAUCAAAACAAAGAUGUGAAAAUGAUGCGACUAUCAAGGAUUCAUCUUUUCGUUUUUUUCGUGUAUCUAUGGGUGUAUUGUCCAGUAAAUGGAAUCUCUAAUAUUUUCAAAGGUUUACCACCUUUAUUUGAUUUGAGUUUAUCGAAUAACGAUACUUCUGUGAACGUAACUGUUCAUCAAGAUGCAAAAGAGAUUUGCAUUCCACCUUUAUUACUGCAUGGCUCAGUUGACCCAGUGAAAAGCCAGUACAAAUCUCAGGAUGUUAUAAGGAUCAUUUGUAAAGAUGGGUACGAAUUGGAGAACCCGCAAAGCAGUCUUCUGUACUGCUCUCAAAAAGGCCUAUGGAAGGUUUUUACCUUGGGAGAUUCUAUUUACAUCCCAUUACCGCGGUGUAUAGUCAAAGAGAGAUGCCCCCCAUUGCCACCAUUGAUGCAAGGAAGUAUGCAAGUACAGGAAGGGGGAGUAAAUGCAGUCACAUCUGAACUAAGUUCCACUCGUGCAGUUUACCAGUGUUGGUUUGGCCUUGAAUUAGAUCCACCAGAAAGUGAAAUCAGAUAUUGUGUUCGAGGAAAAUGGACAGGAGAAAACCCUUUAUGUGUUCCAGCUAGCUGCCCUCGUCCACCGUCCGUUACAGGAGGAUUCUUUAUUGCAAGAGGUGUUGUCAACCACAUCUACGUGUCCGGAGCUGCUGUCAAGUACUAUUGUGAUGAGGGUCAUCAUCAAAAGGGCCCACCACUCCUCACGUGUUCCGGAAAAGAAUGGAUCCCCAAAGAUCUUCCGGCUUGUGUGCCGAUAGAAUCGUCAGCUGCUGCUGCUGCAUCGUCGUCCAAGUUGGAGGUGCGCGGUUGCUCCUUACCGCCGGAGAUCGCCAACGGCCGUUACCAGAUCCUGCCGAUGCGGAGGAGUUUCUCGUCGUCUUCGUUCUCGCCGCUGUCGUCGCGAAUCCAGCACUGGAACAACCUGCAGAUGAGCAAUAACGGAUCGUCGACUCCCACCACGUCACCGAUGGUGGUGGUUCCAGUCUACAGUAGCGCGUUAUAUUCCUGCUACCGUGGCUUUCUGAGUGGCGGCUCUUCACUCAUUUCUUGUUCGCCUGGGGGCUGGUGGCAACCGACUCACAAUGCCCCUCGUUGCCUUCCCUUUGGAUCUUCUUCCUCCGCUUCAUCCGGCGGAAUCCAUCACAGCCACGGUGGCGGCGGCGGCGGAUUGGAGAUGACUAAGGCCGGCCGCGGAGGAGAUGCCGAUGGAGGAGAAGGCGACGACAAGGUGGACGGAGAAGAACAAGCCCCUAGACCGCUACUCGUCUCGUUCACAACGGCAUGUGGCGUCACUUUUGUCCUCUGCCUCAUUUGGAUGGCGUCCCGCUGGAAAAUCACCUGUCUCCGAUCAUCGGCCGGCCAUCACGGCCGUCAAGAAGAAGAGACCCUCUCAUUUUCUGGUCCCGUUUGUCCGCCAAUGGCGCCGUCGGCCGCCUCGGCUUCUUCUUCUGACGGUGGCGUCGGCGGCGGCCGUAGACAUCGGCACCAAUCACUUUGGACUUGGAUCAGCCCCAACCAAAACGACCGUGACGGCCAUCACGUCCAUCAGCAGCUGGACAUGGACGACGAUGAUUCCCUGCCGGCUUACGACCGCCAAUUGCUGGAUCUUGGCCAGGCGUCGGAUCAGGAUCGGGUGGCCUUGAUCGCCUACAUGAACGACAACAACACGAGCAGUCAGGCGACUCUGCCGUCGUACGAGGAAGCCGUUCGGGCAUCCAGCAAUGGCGGCAUCAACAACAACAGCACCGCCGCCACCACUUCCAUUCCGAGCGUCCAUUGCACCUGGCCGGUAGCACCGCCGUCCUACGAGUCCAUUCUCAUUUUGGACGAGACCAACGGAAAUGGAACCGCCGCCUCGACCACCACCACCACCACCACCACCUCCCAUCACAUCCAACCGGGCGCUAGUCCAUCAGUCGAAGCCAACGUUUCAUUCAAUGAAAGUGACGAAGCCGCCGCCGAUUCGACGAUAGGAACGACCACGAGCUCAGAAGACGACAACGACGAUGAGGAAGACGCAGUUGAUGGUUCUCGCGAAAUGCUGGUGCUCCUGGUGCCUUCCGCAACGCUGGACGCGGAUGCAAUAACGACAUUCCCCGCCCGUCGAUAAAAA